CACACGGUGUGUUCGCCGCCCUUUAUAAUCCUACGACUCCAUUUCCCCGUGACCGUACAACCUCCCAGCUCUCUUUUUCGGCACAAAUAGAUAUUUUUAUCUUUCUAUAUUUUUACCAAAUUCCCCUAAUUUUGUGCCCAAUUCCUAGGGUUUUGAUUUUCCCUCUUUUUCAAACUCCUGUAAAUGCAGAAGAAACCCUAAUUCGUCGGAAUAGGUAUGCGAUAGAAUCGCUCAGUGAUCUAUUGUGUUUUCUUUAUUUGAUGUAGUUUAAGAUAUGGAGGCCGCGGCUACUCCUUCUAGUGCUACCGGCGGCGGCGGGGAGGCUGCUCCUCCGCCUGCUCCCAUGCCGGCGGCGAACGCGCCGCCACCGUUCCUGGUGAAGACCUACGACAUGGUGGAUGACCCCAUCACGGAUAAGAUAGUGUCGUGGAGCCCUACCAACAACAGCUUCAUCGUUUGGGACUCGGCCGAGUUCGCUAGAGACUUGCUGCCUAAGUACUUCAAGCACAAUAACUUCUCCAGCUUUGUGCGCCAGCUGAAUACAUACGGCUUUAGAAAGGUUGACCCAGACCGCUGGGAGUUUGCAAACGAGGGAUUCUUAAGAGGACAAAAACAUCUGCUGAAGAGUAUCACUCGUCGAAAACCUGCACAUGGACAUCCUCAGCACCAACAGCAGCCAAAUGGACAGACUCCUACCGUUGGAGCUUGUGUUGAGGUUGGAAAGUUUGGGCUGGAGGAGGAAGUCGAGAGGCUUAAAAGGGACAAGAAUGUGCUGAUGCAGGAGCUUGUCAGGUUGAGACAGCAGCAACAAACUACUGAUGGUCAGUUACAAACAAUGGUUCAGCGUCUUCAGGGUAUGGAACAACGUCAGCAGCAGAUGAUGUCCUUCCUUGCAAAGGCCAUGAACAGCCCUGGAUUUCUUGCUCAAUUUAUGCAACAACCUACAGAUAGCAACCGACGCAUAAGCGAAGGCAACAAGAAGCGGAGGCUCAAACAGGAUGGGAUGACAGAUGAUUCUGUCAGCCCUUCGGACGGUCAGAUUAUUAAAUACCAACCUUUGAUGAAUGAGGCUGCAAAAGCGAUGCUCAGGCAGAUUAUGAAACUGGAUUCUUCUGCUAGGCUAGAGAACUUUGGAAAUGCUCCUGAUAGUUUCUUGAUUAGGGAUGCUUCUUCCUCGUCUAAUGCAUUGGAGUGCGGCAGUUCUUCCAACCAUGUUUCAGGAGUGACUCUUCAGGAAGUACCUCCGACAUCUGGGCCUGGAUUUGCUCCAUCAGGUUCUUCAUCUGCAGCAACUUCAGAGGUUCAGACUCCGUUGGUCGGAGCAUGUACAGAAGUUUCAAAUAUUCAAUUUCCAUGUCAGAGUCCUGUGAUUGGAGCUGAAGAAGUGCCCCUUCCACCAGCAGAUGGUAUAAUAUCUGACUUGUCUCAAAUGGUUCCUGAUAGCAACGUUGAUAUAAUAGGAUCUGAAGCGGGGAAUGAGAUUUUCAUUGAUCCGACGUCAUUAUCAGGGAGUAGCAAACUCCCAUUUGAAAUAGAUGGAUUUUCUCCAGAUUCACCAAUAGAAUGGGAGAACAUGGACGAGAUACCAGAACUUCCUUCAGUUAGCGACCCUUUCUGGGAAAAAUUCCUCCAGAGCCCCCCUCCAGUUGAUACGGAGAUGGACUCGACCCUAACAGAGGAUCUUCCCGAGGGAAACGAAGCAAAGCCACCAGAAAACGGGUGGGACAAAUCUCAGCACAUGGCCCAGCUAACAGAGCAGAUGGAACAUCUCACACCGGAUGCCAAGAAAGCUUAAUUUGUCUAACUCAUGUAAGUCUCCUAUCUCCCAUGUCGGUUUCAAGCAUAAAUCCGACAGUGUUGUCGUUCCUCACCAUCGCCUAUUAACUUGGGUUUUAUAAAGUUAAUAUAGUUUUGGUUCUGUACAAUGUAUUCAUUCAAAAUAUCUGUUGUCUUUUUACAACUUGUCUGAACUUUAUAAUUAUCAUUUUUCUUCUCUGGUUCCUCUGACGUUACUGAUUUUGCUAUUGUGAGAAAUUUGCUUUCUCA